AUGACGAGGCUCGCCGCUCGACAGGCUGCAAGCCAUGCUCGCGCCGCACUGCGCACACCUCGAGCCGGCGUCGAGGCCAUCCCAACGUCCGGCCGCCGCAUCACCACCACCCGCGGCCGUCCUAUCGCCUCUACGUCGAGUGCCCUUCUUUCGCGAUCAGCACCUUUGAGAGCCUGCUCCUCGGUCCGCUCUUAUGCCACCGCCUCGCCCGGCCAACCUCGCCACGCCGCGGUGACAUCCCCGCUCCUCGACUCGACUGUCGUUGACGCCGACAUCGUCAUCGUCGGUGGUGGCGUCGUCGGCCUCGCCCUUGCCUGCGGCCUGGCCAGCACUGCGGGUGCUUCGCCGUCAGCCUCGACGACCUCCCGCGUAGCCUCGCCGAGCAUCGCGCUGGUCGAGGCUUCCGACCUCGCCAGGUCGCGCGCCUGGGCGAGCGACAAGCAGCAGCGUUACCAGGACCCCUCGUCGCACUCGGACAACAUUGACUGGGAGAACCGCGUCAUCUCGCUCACCUCCGAAAACAUGCAGUGGCUCAGAGACAUCGGCGUCCACCGCUACCUUGUCCAACAUCGCCUGCGACCCAUCGAGUCCAUGCGGGUCUGGGACGGCCUGUCCGGCGCCACUCUGGACUUCGACUCGGCCGAGCUCCGUGACGUCAUGACUGGACCUGCCGGCUCGUCUGGCUCGUCUCAGAUCAGCGUCAUGGUCGAGAUCUCCAAUCUCCAGCAGGCCUUUCUGCGCUACCUCGAAGAGGGCGCUGGCCGCGGCCACGUCGCGAUCCGCGAUAAGAGCAAGGUCCAGAGGAUCGUCCCGGGUCUCGAAGCACUCGACCCUGCUGCCGACGCGCCGCACUUGAACGCUGCCGAAGCCGACCGGGACCCCUGGCCGGUGCUGGAGCUGUCGUCGGGCAGUACCUCUGCACAGCCCGCGUUGCUUCGGGCGCGUCUCCUCAUUGGCGCCGAUGGGCCAAACUCGCCGGUCCGGAUGUACGCCGGCAUCGGCAGCUACGGCUGGCCCUAUGACCGCAAGGGGCUCGUCGGGACCCUUCGCUGCGCAGGACCGCAGGUCGGCGAGCCGCCUGUCGGCAAGACGGCGUGGCAGCGCUUCUUGCCAAGCGGCACGGUGGCCUUCCUUCCGCUGAGCGAACAGACCGGGUCGAUGGUCUGGGCUCUAGAGCCCGCAGUGGCCGAGGCACUGACGACGCUUCACCGCGAGACGGCCGGCAGUCCCGUCGAGCCGCUGGCGAGGCUGGUCGACGCUGCCUUCCGGCUGCCCUGGUCGCACCUCGAGAGGCUGUUCGCCAGCAUCGUCUCGUUUGCCCGCCAGCCUGCGGCAGAGGGGCGCGAGCGUGACUGGUCCUGGGUCCUCGACAUGCUGCCGUCCGAGUUCGAGUUCAGCGAGCGUGGCGGCGCCCCGUUGCCGGAGUCGUCGACGGGCGACGUGCCGCCCAAGGUCGAGUCCGUCGACGUCAAGAGCGUCGCCUCUUUUCCUCUUCAGCUCAAGCACGCCGACGCCUACCUCGGCUCUUCGCUCAAUGGCUCGCCCCUCAGCAUCUCGGGCCUGCUGGCCGGCGCGCUGUCGGUCGUUGGGUUCGCCGCCGAGGGCGCCGGCCAGGGCGGUGGCCGGGCGAGGACCGCGUUGGUCGGCGACGCUGCGCACACCAUCCACCCUCUGGCGGGCCAGGGCCUCAACCUGGGUAUAGCCGACGUGCGAUGCCUGACCGAGGUUCUCAACGAGGCGCAGGCGGCCGGCGCCGAUCUCGGCUCGUUCAACGCGCUCAAGAACUACCCGCGCCGGCGGUACUGGGAGAACCAGAAGAUGCUGUCGGCCGUCGACCAUCUCCACUGGCUGUUUGCCGGCAUUCCGGUGCCCCUGGCCCAGCAGGCCGACGGCGGACAAAGGCAGAUGCAGCAGGAUGGCCUGCUCCGCGGCUUGGCCAAGGAGGGCAUCGCCAGGGGCACGAUCUGGGCACGCAGUACCGGCCUCGAGGUGAUCAACGAGCUGGGCUUUGCCAAGAACGCAUUCAUGCGUCAGGCUGGCUCGACGACGGGAACGGCCAGGAGGUCCGGGCCGUCGUCGGGAGCAUUCGGCGCCGGCAGCCGCGGCCUUACGACGCUCGCCGCAAGGUCACCCCGAUCGAAGGCAGCGUUGCCCCUGUCCACCAUCUCGUCGAUGCAGAUGCAGAUGCGCCACCACUCGAGCCACAGCACGGGUCCUCUGGCAUCUGAUGCCUAUACGAAGGGCACCGGUGCAGGUCUUGCCACGACGGGAACUCCCUCGCUGGCCUCGCUGACGCCGGAGCAGCGUCGCGCGCUCGACGACAUGCUUCGCGUCGACCACUCGGGCGAGGUGGCGGCAAACACCAUCUACGAAGGGCAGGCGGACGUCUUCGGCGCGCUGGGCGACGUCAAGAACCGCGACAUGGCGAGAGAGAUGUGGUUGACGGAGAAGAAGCACCUCGAGGUGAUGCGGGUGCUGCUGCGGCAGCACAACGUGAGGCCUUCCGCUCUGCUGCCGCUGUGGGCGGUGGCUGGCCGCGUGCUGGGCGGAGUCACUGCCCUGCUGGGCCCGCGCAGCGCCAUGGCGUGCACUGAGGCGGUCGAGACGGUCAUCGGAGAGCACUACGACGAUCAGCUCGCCGCGCUCUCGUCGAUCCUGAAGCAAGAGGUCGCCGCCGGCGCAGUCACAUCAGCGCAGGUUGCCGAGGCCACGACGGCAGACGGCGCACCAUCAACGGCAGCGGCGACAGCUGCGGCUUCAGCUUCGGCUCCAGCCUCGGAGGCCCGAAACGAGGUGCACCCGUCACUGCCGCUGCUCUCGGAAAUCAUCAAGGAGUUCCGCGACGACGAACUCGAGCACCUCGACACGGCCGUCGAGCACGAGAGCCAGCAGGCGGCGGGCCACGCGCUGCUCAGCGCCGUCGUGGCCGCCGGCUGCAAGGGCGCCAUUUGGGUGGCCGCCAAGGCCUAG